GCAUUCGUAGCAUUUGCUGCUGCUGAAGCAGAAAAGCUCGUUGAAACAAAAGGUCUUGAUGCUAUUGAUAAAGCAAAAGCAAAACGACACGCGGAAGAACAAGCAUCGCAGUUAUAUGAAGAAAAAUAUGGAGGAGAAUGUUAA